AUUGGCGAAAGCAGCACGCACGACAAUGACGGACAAGAUGACGAUACCGAAUCAUCCGAAACAGAUUCCAGUGAUCAAUUUCCUGAUCGUUGUGGCUUUUGUCAAAGGCCAUCGGAAGCGCUAAAGAAGUGCACGGGAUGCAAGAAUAUUUCUUAUUGUGAUGAAGACUGCCAAACGAAGCACUUUUUUUUAGAACACAAGUAUGCUUGCUCGAGGUCGCAAGACUCAUCAGCUCAAAGGGCUGAUUCAAUUGAUGAAGAUCUUUACCGGCAAAUUCUUGAAGAAAUUGAUGGGGAGUUUUUGUCUUCUCAAGCGCAUCCUAGUUGUGCAUUUUUUUUGAAGCCGUCAAAAUCUCUCAAGAAAUGUACAGGCUGUGAAAUUUUUUUUUAUUGUGACAGCAAAUGUCAAGCACAACACUGGAAAACAGGGCAUAAAGACGUUUGCUCAGCCAAAAUCAUAGAAGAUUCAUCACAAGCUUUUUUUUUGAAAGAGGACGACGAACAUGACCAAAAUGAACAAAGGGAUUGCUGUGAUGUUUGCGAACACCCUUUACAAGUUGUCCUGAAAAAAUGCACAGGCUGCCACAAGACAUUCUACUAUGGUGACGAUUCUCAGUCGACUACAAAGAACUGCGACAUUGAUAGGAAAGGAACGGUAUCUCCUGAACGUACGUCGUCAAACGAAGACGAUAUAUGUAGAAAUAAUAAGCCACAAGAAACCGUUCAACCAUGUGCGUUCUGUAAAAAACCGUCAACAGAUCUUAAGAAAUGCUUUUUUUUUAAGCAGGUGUCUUACUGCACAAAAGAAUGCCAAAGAAAGCUUUUUUUUAAGCAUAAAAUUGUUUGUCACUAAAAGGUUAAAGUAUAAAAAAGGAAUACGGACUCAGUUUGUAAAAAUGACCACUCCAAAUCCCUCUAUUUGAACUAAAGUUCUUUUUUAUUGAAUAUAGUGAUUGCAUAUGUA